CCCUGACAAAGAGAGAAGACAUUAACGCUGUCAGUGAGAGGGAGAGACUCUGAAGACAAUAGAAGUGCUAACAGAGAUAUUCAAAACCAAUCUGGCACAAUGAAGUCCAACCAGGAGCGAAGUAAUGGAUGCCUGCCACCUAAAAAACGUGAAAUCCUAGCACUGGAGCAGAGGCCAGUGGCAGUGGCUACAUCAACUCCUCCAGUAGUUCAUCACAAUCCUGCUCCGCACACGGAGAACCUCGCAUGGCUGGCAAGUGUAGCCAGUGAACGAUGCAGGUCCCGAGACUCAGAGAGCCCGAGAUGUCCCAUACCAUCUACUUCCUCUUCUUCUCCUCCUACUAUUCCAACGUCGGCAACUACUCUAUCGGCAGUGCCGUUGGCCUCCCUACCUGCAGUUUACCCCACAGCCAUUCCUCAGUCCACAGGAACCAUCCAGUUUGCCCAGCUUGGACCCAAUGUUCAGUUCAUAAGCUCCGGACCCUAUGCUAGCUACAUCUCCUCUCACGUAGUUCCCGCUAAUACCAGCCCUAUAGGACAGCGUCCUCACCUCGAUGGUUACACCACUGCCCUGAUCUCGCCUGGCACCAAAGGGGAACAACAGUUCCAAAUUGGCCUCUCGCCCACAGAGCUCGCUCCAGUCACUCUUCCAAGCUCUCCGCAAGUCACCAGUCAGUACAUCCAUCUUGAUAGCAGAACACCUCUGGCUGUCAGUGGAGCCGCCGUCUCUACAACACCUGGAACUCACCUCCAGCUCCACCCUCAUACUGCUGUCCUGCCUCAAACGCUCACCCUCGCUCCCUCCCAGUUGGUUGUUCAGUAUACAGAUGGUUCUGCUGGAAAGAAACCAGAGGUGCACGCUAAGAGUGUGAUGAACGGUGAGCUAGAAGUUGUCAAACCGAUUAAAGCUCCCACCCAACCAGCAAAUCAUCAGCAAGUUCAGAGCUUUGAGGCACGACACAUCCUCGUGCCAGCAGACUAUGGCCAGAACCCAUCAGGACUUCAGACCUCCCUAGUACUUGUGGCCCAACCGAACCACAGCACUGAUCAAGAACAUGGCUCAAAUAAGAUUUCCUUGGUUCAGACUGAAAAGGGAAGCAUCUGUUUGGGAAAACCCAUUUCGAGAUCUCCCUCCUUCUCCUCGCUCUCGUCAUCGGAGGCGAUGAAGUCUGUCACACCCCAUACAGUCAUUCAGACGACUCUUCCCCCUGACGAGUUGCCAGCCAGUCUUUAUUCUUCCUCACAAGCACCCAUCAUUGGCUAUAUCACCAGUGCCAACCAGCACGCAGUCAGCUACCAUGCAGCGUUGCCACAACACCUGGUCAUUCCAAGUGGUCAGUCACUGCUCAUCCCAGUCAGCAGUGCAAAUAGCAGUACAGAAAUGGAGACCAGCCGUGCUGUCAGCUCCCUGACGGCGACCACAACGCCUCAAAUAUCCACCGCCAUGCCUCACGCCUAUCUUGCAACUGCCCUAUCCAAAUGUGAGCCAAUAGGCCCAGAUGGAAGUCAAGUUCCUCCUGCUCUAGCCCCAUCUCCAGCCCUCCCAGCCUUGCCUUCAAACCAAGUCCCUGCAGUAGUCGCUGCUUCCUCCCCAGCCCCAGCUCCAGCUACUGUUUCUGCCAAUACUUCCAUCCAAGCUUCCUCCGCUAUCUCCUCUCCCUCCUCCCCUGUGGCACUUCCGCCAUUCUUUAUGCGAGGCUCUAUCAUCCAGCUUGCUGAUGGAGAGUUGAAGCGUGUGGAGGAUCUCAAAACCGAGGACUUCAUCCAGAGUGCAGAGAUCAGCAGUGAGCUGAAGAUUGACUCCAGCACGGUUGAGCGAAUCGACAGCGGCCAGAAUCCUAAUGCUGUGGUCAUUCAGUUUUCUGUGGGGGAGCUCAAAGCCCAGGUGUGUGUGGAGGUGCUGGUGGAAUAUCCCUUUUUCGUAUUUGGACAGGGGUGGUCAUCUUGCUGUCCUGACCGGACCACGCAGCUCUUUGAGCUGUCCUGCGCUAAACUAUGUGUAGGUGAUGUUUGUGUGUCUCUUACACUUCGAGGACUAAGGAAUGGUUCUCUACCAGACAGCCAGGCGAUGGGAGCUUCGUUGAAGACCGCAAGACUCUCUGACCCAGGUAACAACACAGAUCCCUCUGUAAGCAACAGUGCGAGGUCAAACACUGCGAGCAUGAACAGCGGACUUCUUAUAAAGGCUUCCAGUGUCAGAAGGAUACCUGGAUCUACGUCUGGACGGCCGAUACCACUAGAAAUGGGACUGAAUCCAGGAUCAAUGCAGGGGAUCUGUGGAGGAGAAUCUGUCCUGGCAAUCUCUGGAAUUGCGGGUAUAAGAGAUGGAUCAGAGAAAACAGAUAUGACCACCCUCCGCAAUAUACAGUCCAGAGAUCCAGAAAGAACCACUGUCCGCAAGAGACGAUGGUCCGCUCCGGAGCGGGAUCAGACUGAAAGGGUGGAGGGGGAGCCUCCGUGGACUCAACUCAAACCCUCCAUCAUCUCUCAGGAGGUGAAAAUCAGCAUAGAGGGCCACUCGAGCAGCGGCAGAGAAAAAUGCUUGAUCAAACUGUAGUCUGUCGAGGGAGCUUCAAAGAAACAUGUUCAGACACCUUCAACAAAGUACAGUGUGUGGUCACGCACACCGUGCAAUCAGUGCAAUCAAUGCUGUAAGCAAAAAUAAGUGCAGUGUGAAUGUUGA